CACGAUUGUGCGCACGGACGGACGGACAGGGCCAAGGUCAACUUGAAGGGAGCUGGCUGGCCCGAACGGUCGCCCCAGACAUAUAAGCGAGGUGCGACGUGCAGCUCGCUCACACGGGGCGUCGAUUGGCUCUUCCCGACAUGGCCCUAUGCCUUCUGCUCCUGCUUGCCGUCUCGUCUUCGCGCGCGCUCUAUCAGAAUGAGUCAAAGCACCUUCAAAAACGCUCCUACUACGAUGACAUGUAUCCCGAGCCCCUGGAUAGCGACGGAAGCUUGGACUACGAUCCAGAUGAACUGAGCUCGAGGUUUUAUAACGAGGGUAACAGGCGAGCAAUGUCAAUUCUACGGAUCUCGAAGGUGAGACAGGUACUCGGCAGAUUCAAGUUGCCGGUGCUCGGCGGCUCCAGCAACAGUUUCAUGAAGCUGAUAGGCGGGAAGUACCGCUUCAUCAGCGGGAAGAUCUCGAUGCUUCCGAGCAAGGUGUUCCAGCGGUUAGUGGUGCGUCGCGUGCAGCACCCGUCCAUAGCCGACUUUUCCUCCGUCAUCCGCAAUGUCUUGGUCCAGAAAGUAAGGCUGGUGAACCCGUUAAUAAAGAUCCUCCAAAUCGGCAACUACGCACCUUCCGGCGACUCCAUCAGCUUGGCGUGCUCAGUCCGGAAGACGGAGAAUAUGAUACCGUGGGUUCCCGGCGUCAUGCGGAUUGACUUCAAGAUCACCGUCCAAAUACCGUUGCUCAACUUGUCUCCGCCCCAGCCGGCUUUGCCACCGCCGACGACGACGCCGAAACCGACGACUCCGCCGGAAGAUCAGGCCCUGGUACAGCAGACGACCAUGCAGUCGUCCUCGACACAACCGCCCUCGACACAACCGCUCUCGACACAAGCACCCCCGACAAAACCGCCCCCAACACAACCGCCCCCGACACAACCGCCCCUCCAGGACACCGUCGUGAUCGUCCUCCAGAUGGCCGCCACCUUCCGCCGAAACAUCGUGACUGUCAUGGGCUACGUGCUCAACAACCCCGAGCUGCACCUCUCCCCGGAGCUCUACAUGGCGCUGAAGCAGAUCUACAACGCCGCUCGCCUGCGUCUCAUAAGAGUGGUGGACAUCCUGUACGUCCUGCAGAACAUCUCUCUUCAGGAGCCUCAGCAGCAGUGCAUCACCAUCCUCAGAGAAAUAAUAUACGUGUCCCCUCCUCACACACACAGCUCAAUACAACUGUGGCUGCAUGCGCUGGAGAAUAACAAGAUAUCCGUGAAUCACGUGUUCAGGCCUAACAACGGACCGCUCAUUAUUGACUUCCUCAGUGGGAUAGAUUUCGCGUACCUCAAUAUUUUGGCACAGCCGAUCCAGUUCCCGAUAUCGAUAGAUAAAUAUACGUCCCAAGAUAUUGAGAUCACCAUGGGGAAUCUUUUUGCUCAGGUGUGCGCAGCGCUUUACAGUGGAUCGAUGCGUCUGACCCAGAGUUUGUUAGCAGCAUUGUUGCUCCACCUCCAGCCCAAUAUGCAUGCUCCCGAAGUCGAGGAGAAUUUAGUAUACCUCGCUGAUGUUUUCUUUGCAGAAAAUAUGGAAUUGCAGUUCGUUUUCGAGGAUAUUGAUAGAGAAAUCAUGACAAAUCCAUACAACAUAACACGGUACAUAUUGAUGAAACUAAAUAUGGCUCCAGAGAUUGACCCGUCACUAAAAGAGACAAUACAAAUAGGAAUUACUUACCUUCAGGAAACCACUUAUGUCAUUAUAGAUCAUGAUUUUAGACAAUAUUUUAAAUUUCCUACGCCACAAGAACUUGAUUUAAAUUUAAUCUUCGAUCUAAUUACUCCUGGUGAAUAUCCACCUGAUAUUAUUAUUAUAAAAGACCAAAUUCUUAAUGCAAUAACAAGAAAAGAUAUCGAUUUGGAAAAAUGUCUAGUUGGAUUUAUUCCUCACGAUUACAUUCAUCCGGUGGAUAUGUUUCUUGCUAUAAUUGAGCGAAUCAAGAAAAGAGCUGUGCUUCCUACAUACCUCGUGAAUCCGUUUGCCGCUUUGUACGUCCAUCUGAAGCUAAAAGUUCUGUCCAUCAAUCAAGAAGACCGACUUCCGCGAGGUUUUAGCGACAUCACGUUCUUGUUUGACUGCUACAAAUCUCCUGGCAUCCCAGAAAAAAUUACAGUCAUGGCAAUACAACUGGUGGAGUACAUGCGACAGGAAACAAGCGUAAACUGGAACUUGGUUCUGGAAGCGUAUCCUUUGUAUGUCUGGAGCAGGCCACGACAAACGGUGGUCAUGAUCUUGAACCACAUGUUGAGCAACAAGAUGGUCCAGUCUCCCAUCGCCGUCACUUUGAUAACCGAGUUCGUCAAGGAAGUGGGUCCGGACGGAGAACCCGUCGCGUGCCCUCCAGUGGAUUGCCCUGGAUCAUCAUCGGGAUCUUCUCCCAUCGAACCUCCCCCACCACCACCGCCUCCACCCCCACCACCCUCACCCCCACCACCCCCACCACCAUCUCCACCACCAACACUCCCCAACAUCAACAUAAUCGUUUUGAUCCAAGCUCUUGGUCCCCAAGCGCUCGAGGAUCCUCGCCUGGAAGCGCUGAUUGUAUUUAUAACAAGUACCAAGGUGGUGGCCAUACUGGGCCGAAACUUCAACUGUUCGGUGUACCCGACCACGGGAGAGCUACUCCAGGUAAUCCUGGAGCGCUGCGCCUCGUCCAAGAAGCUGGAAGGCCAAGAAACGGAACUGCUGCUCUACUGGUUGGAAAAGGUUUCACUGAACGGGUACGGGGCGAAAGCGUUAGAGUUCGUCCAGCAUCGAGUGGAAGAGAGGAGAGUCACCGUCAACAUGAAUUCCGUUUUUAAGGCCCUGGAUCUCACCCGGCUCACGGAUGACGGGAAGAUCACGUCUUACGUGGAGUUCUCCAAGUUCCUGGCUCGUUACUUCGAUGCCAAAAAACACUUGAAAGGCUUCAAAUACAUGAAGUUGAAAACUCGUGGGGAGUUCCUUUCGGCAUUCUUCAAACAUCUUCUGGCUUGUGAUGACAUACAACCAACUUACAAGGACGCCAUCGAAGAUUUAUUAGCUUAUGUUCGAACCGAUGGUGCAGGGUCUCAGUCUAUAGAAACAUUGACAUAAAAAGAAACAUUCUCUCUCUCUCUCUCUCUCUCUCUCUCUCUCUCAUAAUAAACAAUGAUUUUUUUUAUGUGCUCGAAGAAACAUUCAAAAUUCUGAUAAAUUAUCUUAAGUGAAAAUCAAUUGCAGGCCGGAAACGUAUUAAUUGAUAUUGUCAAAACAAUCAAUUGAACAAUACAUUUGUAUUAUAUUUCCUGGAAAAAAUGUAUUUUUGUUCUAUCAUUACAGCAUAAAACUAUUAAAGUAAAAUAAUAUAUGACUACAUUCCUUUGUGGAAUUAAAUUGAAUAGUUGUGUAUUUUUAUUUUUAUUUUUUGAAAGUAUGGGAUUUUCCUGAAUAUUGUGAUGAAAUAAAAAAAUAUAUAUAUUUGUUUGGACGACUGGCUAUACUUUUUAAAUGUCCAAAAAUAAAUAACCUUUUUAAAAUAAAA